CAAAGUAGUGGAUGUCCGUGAAAAUUGUUAAUUUCUGUGUACUUAGACAAAUCCAAAAUAGCUUUCGCUUAUUUCGCGAUAUGUUUGUCAGAUUAAAGUUCUUGUGGUUGUGUGCAGUGUUAUGUGUUUUUGAAUCAUGUCUUUGUGCGAAUAUUUUAUAUGUGGAACCAUUCACUUCAACGUCCCAUUAUAUAAUGUUACGACAAAUUGGAUUAGAACUUGCUAGAAGAGGACACAAUGUUACUGUUAUUACUGCUAACAAGGAAAAGAAUCCUCCUAAAAAUUAUCACGAGGUGAUGGUCGACGACAAAAAGAUUUGGGAGGUUAUUGGAGGCGGAAGACCAAAUGUUUUCACGAUGAGUAGUAUAUCAGCAGAGAAAUUUCACGAGAAAAUUCUCUGGGGCGGUGGCCUUGCAUUUACUGAAGUUAUUAUGAAUUCAGUUCAAGUUCAACAGCUAUUGGCUAUAGAUCAGAAGUUUGAUUUGGUGAUAUGUGAACAGUUCUUCCAAGAAGCAACUUACAUUCUAGCCCAUAAAUAUCAAGCUCCACUAGCCCUUGUAACCACAUUUGGAAAUUGUAUGCGGCACAAUAUAAUAGCUCGUAAUCCUUUGCAAUUAGAAACGGUAUUGCCAGAAUUUUUAGACGUCAAAAAUCCAACAUCUUUCUGGGGUAGAUUAAGAAGCUUAUAUUUUACAGUGUACGAAUUCAUUUGGUGGAAAUAUUGGUUCUUAGAUAAACAGGAACAGUUAGUAAAGAAGUAUGUAACAAAUCUCCCAGAACCUGUACCAAGUUUAUAUGAAAUGCAAAGGAAGGCUUCUCUGAUGCUUGUUAACAGUCACUUUACUUUCGAUGGCCCUGUCGCCUAUCUUCCUAAUAUAAUAGAAAUUGGUGGAAUUCAUUUAUCUAAAAGUGAUGGGGAGCUACCUAAUGAUCUAAAACAGCUUCUGGAUAAAUCAACGGACGGAGUAGUGUACAUGAACUUUGGUUCAAACGUCCGAAGUUCUGAGUUGCCAGUCGAUAAGAAAAAUGCAUUUCUCAACGUAUUUAAACGACUAAAUCAAACUGUCUUGUGGAAAUGGGAAGACGAAAACUUAGAUAAUAAACCGAAAAAUUUAGUAACAAGGAAUUGGUUACCACAAAAGGAAAUUUUCGCACAUCCUAACGUCAAACUAUUUAUUUCCCAUGGUGGAUUGAUUGGAACACAAGAAGCUGUUUUCAAUGCGAUACCAAUAAUAGGUAUUCCGAUUUAUGCGGAUCAAUACAACAAUCUUUUACAAGCUGAAGAGAAAGGAUUCGGAAAAAUUCUGAAAUAUGAGGAUAUUAGUGAAAAAUAUCUGGAAAGUGUAAUUUUAGAAGUUCUUAAUAAUGAUAGUUAUAAGAAAAAGGCAUUAGAAAUAUCACAAAGGUUUAAAGAUAGGCCAAUGACUCCUUUAGAUACAGCUAUGUUUUGGUUAGAAUAUCUUUUAAGGAACAACAACGCAGAGGCGUUGAAAAAUCCUGCAUUAGAAUUAAAUUGGUUUGAAUACUUGAUGCUCGAUGUGUACGUCAUCGCAUUGUUAUUUGUUAUUGUAAUUUGUUAUUUGAUAUGCAAGACUACCUUACUAAUUAAAUCAGUAUUAUUUAGUAAAGAAAUUAAUAAUGAUAAGAAAAACAAAUGAGUUUUAUGUAGAUUAAAUAUUCUAUUAACGAAUAUGUGUGUUUAUUAGUUAUUUCUGUAACAAAAAUAGUUAGUUAACGCCUUUUAAAAGGGAAUUUAAAGAGAUAGUUGGUGGAUGGAUGUCUCCUAGAUGAAAUUACAAAGUCGAGCAAAAAGAUUAUUGCCUAAAAUGUAUUCUGUAUCCAGUUUUAUUUUUGGAUUUUGCUUAUUUUGUUAAUUAUUAAAAUAAUGCUUCCUGGUGCUUUUAAAAGAUGUUAGUUUUCAAGGUCUGCGUAUAUUAUGAAUAAUUAAUUAUCACUGACUGUGAAUUAAUAAUUAUUUGUACAAAUAUGCGUUUAUCUAGUAAUUGUGAUAAGAUUCUUUAAUACAAGGACUGCCUUAUCUUCUUCUUCUAUAUUAUAAACAACAAAGAUUUGUAUUUUUGUAUGUAUUUGAUUCACGCUAAAUCUACUGG